AUGUCUACCCGGCCCCGCCGCUCGGCGGCUCAGCGCGCCACCAUGGCAAUCACUGACUUGGCCGACAGAGACCGAGAGCCCAGCGAGCGCAUCAUGUCGUCGCGCUCGCGCCGUUCGGGGGGUGGUAUCGCCUCCCUCUCACGGGGUCCGCCCUCAUCGCCAGGAAGCAACCCCUCCGACUCGAAUCAGCAUAUUCAUCUUACAGUCAAACUGCCUUCGAGCAAGCUGCGGCAGGCUACCAGUAGCAGCAGUAGUGCCAAACGCAUCUCAUCUGGCAGCGCGCCUGCAGCAGCCAGCCGUAGCACCGGGUCUUCUGCCAAGCGAACUAAUAGAGCCGGCAAGAAGAGCUACGUGAUUGAGAGCAGCGAGGAGGAGGACGAGAAGGUAGACGAAGAGGAAGAGGAGGAGGAAGAGGAAGAAGAAGAGGAAGAAGACGACGAGGAGGAAGAGGAGGACGAGAUUGAGGUCGGCGCUCGAGCGGGUAUAGCCGCUGUUGAGGAUGAAGAGGAAGAGGAGGAAGAGGACGACCAGAUGGCGGGACCCGGUGACGAGGAUGCGGAGGGUGAUGAUGACGGGGAUGAAAUGGAUGUUGAUGCCGAAGGAGAAGACGACGACGAUGCUGACGCCGAUGGCGAUAUCGACAUGGAUAUAACGCCAGCUCCCGCCCCCCCCACCAUCAAAAUCUCCAAACCCUCCAAAGACACAGCCAUAGCUACUAAUAAAGGCAAAAGCACAUCUGCGAAGCAUGGCUCAAACGUCACCACAGCAAAGGGCGCCGCUAGGGCUGAUGAGGAAGACGAUGCGCAAGACGACGAGGAGCUGAGCGAGUUGGAAAGCGAGCAAGACGACGUCAACGAGGCAGUUGAAGUUGCCAACGGCGAAGAGGAUGCCGAAGGCGAGGACGACGAGGUCGCGGACGUCGAUGCUGAGGGUGAAGAGAUUGAGGUUGCCGAUGAGGAUGCCGAGGGCGAGGAGGACGACGAAAUCGAGAGCGAUGACGAGGGCACUGGCACACCGGACUUGUCCAAGCUGACUGCCCGCCAGCGAGCCAAGCUCGGGGAUGUCUCGCACGAGUAUAUGAAGCUUUCUGAUGAGGUCCAAGCAAAGAAGCACUUCACGGCUGAGGAGCUCUCUAUGAGGCGGGCGGAAAUGGCCCGCCGUAGGCGUAACCUCAGCGAGAAACGGAAUGAGGAGGUCAAGAUGGAAACAAUCAACAAGCUACUCAAGAAACAAGCACCCAAAACUACCAAGCGCGCCGCCCUCUUGGCCGGCGAUGAGACCCCUGAGGUCGAGGGUCAGCGGCCUGACCCCAUGUUUAUCCGUUGGGUCAACACCAAGGAGGGCAGCCGUCUCGCCAUGCCGGAGGAACUUCUUACGGGGCCGGCCGGGCGACUGUUUGUUGGCGGUGCUGGCGGCAGUGGUGGUGGUCGUGGACUUGCAGGGGGUAAGAUGGUUGAGGAAGUAUCUUGA